GAGCAAGACCCUGAGGGAGCCGCAGGAGCGUCGCCGCUGCCACCACCACUGCCGCCAACGCGUCUGCAGCUUCUCGGCCUGCCCGCUGCUUGCCGGCGCCUCGGCCGACCGCCCCCGCCCCUCUCCUGGUGCGCCCGCCCUCCUCUUCCUCGUCCUGACGCCCCCCCUCACUCCCAGAAAGCUGCCCAGCCACCAGCAACCCCCCAGUGCCACAAUGGCAACUGCACCAUACAACUACUCUUACAUCUUUAAAUAUAUUAUUAUCGGGGACAUGGGAGUAGGAAAAUCUUGCUUGCUUCAUCAGUUUACAGAAAAAAAGUUUAUGGCUGACUGUCCUCAUGCAAUUGGCGUUGAAUUUGGUAUAAUUGAAGUUAGUGGCCAAAAAAUCAAACUGCAGAUUUGGGAUACAGCAGGACAGGAGAGGUUUAGGGCUGUCACACGAAGCUACUACAGAGGAGCUGCGGGAGCACUUAUGGUGUAUGAUAUCACUAGAAGAAGUACAUAUAAUCACUUAAGCAGCUGGUUGACAGAUGCAAGGAAUCUCACCAGUCCAAAUACUGUAAUAAUUCUCAUAGGAAAUAAAGCAGAUUUGGAGGCACAGAGAGAUGUUACAUAUGAAGAAGCCAAACAGUUUGCUGAAGAAAAUGGCUUAUUGUUCCUUGAAGCAAGUGCAAAAACGGGAGAGAACGUAGAAGAUGCUUUCCUUGAGGCUGCCAAGAAAACCUAUCAGAACAUUCAGGAUGGAAGCUUGGAUCUGAAUGCUGCUGAGUCUGGUGUACAACACAAACCUUCAGCCCCACAGGGAGGCCGGCUAACCUGUGAACCCCAACCCCAGAGAGAAGGCUGUGGCUGCUAGUGACCUCUUUGCCGUGGCUCUCAUUUGACCUUUCACCUCUGUCUGUUGGAAGCAGUACUUUUUACUUACUGCCUCAUUGUCUUCUGUACAUCCUACUGGGUUUAAUUAAAAAAGAAAAAAGAGAAAACAACUCUGUUGUAAAAACAGUUUAACACAAUACUAAACUGCUAAACACCUAGAUGUAAUCAGGUUAUCAAAGGCAAGUAGAGUAAUAAAUCUCUUCUGCAUGGUAAAUCUAGACUUUUUUUCCCCCUUGAUUGUCCUCAUGAUAGGUAUGUCACCAGUACAUGAUUUAAACUGAGCACUGAUGCUGGACUUGAGU